AUGAACUGGAACGUACCACCUCUCACCUUUUGCAUCGUCGUGUCCUUGGUCCAGACGGUCUUUGCUCGGAUCGUUUGCACUUCGGAAAAACAGUGCGAAGAUGCCCUGUUACCGAGAAGUGACUGCGGAUCCGAUGGCUAUUGUACAAACCCUUUUACUGUUGGCGGAUGCCUAGAGAAUCUAUUGCCUGAAGACCACCCGUCCGCCUAUAAGAAAGUACGAGUUUGCAACUCGGAAGACGAUGAGAUGACGGCGCGGUCGGGUCAUUGUCGACGACCAAAUCAUGAGUUUGAACACAUGGAGAUACGAAUACUUGCUCAAAACUGGGAAAGCUCCUACAUCAUGACCUGCCCCUUAGACUAUGGAAUAUCCAAUGACUGGAAUGCAUUCACCACGGCCAACCGAGUGGUCGAUUGCCGACUGUCUGGCCAGGGCAAUCAGGAAGGAGGCUACGAAUCCUGUGCUCAUAUUGUUCCAGAGGUAUGGGAAACUCGAUUGGCGCGAGUGCAAGAAAUGAUUCUGUCGCAUGGAACUUUUGAGCCGCCAACACCAGUAGGAGUUUUGGGUACAGGGGGCUGGUUCGUUCCCAGGAGAGUAGGCCUUCAUGAUCCUACGGUCAUGUCGUACUUGGGGUUCCAGGGAGAGGAGAAUCGACGAAAAGUUGCCGAGAUGUUCUUGUGGCCUACCACAUUUGCAGAGUACUGUUCUCUCGUCUCCAAAUCGAACUGCACAGCAGACGACGGUAUGGCCAAGCGCCCCCCAAAGGAUGAGACGGAGGGAGCAAGUUUCUUUGUCGAGAACGUCUAUACCGGCCAUUUCCGCAAAACCGAGAAGAAUGACUGCGAUCUGAAUCCAACUACUUGCGUUGGUCACUUUGCAGACUAUCCUUGCGACUGGAAGAGCUUCUCCAUUCCCCAGAUUCACCACUUAGGUCUGAAUCUUGAACCCAAACAAUACACCUAUGCCCAGCUCACAGAAAUCAUCGAAGCUGCGAAUGCCACCGAGUCAUACUUCAUUACUCAGUGGUGGCGUCCACAAAUCCUGGAGCAGAGCUUUGUCGGAACUGAUUCAGCGUUUUUGAAGGUAGAUCUGCCCGCCCCAACACAAGAAUGCAUUGAACAUAGAAUUGCUACGGAAGGCAGAUGCUCAGAGGAUCCCGAAAAGAGAUAUGGCCAUCCCCUGGGAGCAUGCGACAUUGAAACGCAGAUCCUUAGCAAAGUGAUUGCCAGAAGUCUCUACGAUGCAACCAAUGACCCACGAAUACCAGAAGCAAGGCGAAGCCCGGCCCAUGAAGCCAUCAAGCUGUUCGAAAUUUCAACGGUUCAACUGGGGCAGAUUAUCAAGGAUGGCUUUCCUGGGGACACAGCUAGGUGGAACCAUGACCCGCGAAUGGCAACUUGUCAAUGGGUCGUAAACAAUAUUGAGCAUAUCGGGAAUCAUUUUCUGCCAAGAUCCUACCCUCGAGUACUCGAGGAAUUGCAGAGGCGAACCCCCCUGUACUAUGCAUCCCUGGCUGUUGGUGCCAUUGCUGCAGCAAUGACUCUGUUGUCAGUUGUCAUAACUCACCGCAACAGAAGGACACCCGCCAUCAAAUAUGCUCAAAUCGAAUUCCUGACAAUCCUUCAGAUUGGUCUGAUGGCUAUUUCGGCCGGUUCCAUUACAAUGGUCCUCGAUCCAACCGUGGGGGCCUGCAUUGCGUCUGUGUGGCUGGUCAAUCUGGGCUAUACACUGGAAUUGGUCCCGCUUAUAGUCAAAGUGGCUGCGCUAAAUCAUCCGAUGAAGGCAGCCCGCAAGAUGAAAAGAGUGGUUAUCCCGCGAAAGAGGCUCUUUGGGUUCGUCGUUGUCCUUUCGUUUCUAUCUGUCGUGUUCCUAACUUGCUGGACAAUUGUGGAUACUACAAGCAAGGUUGCAGAACAUGAACUCACAGAUGAGGUCACCGAAGACGGCGAGACAGUUGUGGCACUUUCCUACAGGUGUGACAACGGAGCUCGAUAUUGGCGCGGAGUCUCGAUUUCGGUGCUGUUCAUAUACUUGAUAGUUGCUACAGUGUUGGCAGUUCAAACUCGCAAGCUUCAAGUCGUGUUCAACGAGAGCCAAACAGUUGCCAUGAUGAUUUACUCUCAUGCUAUGUUUGCUGUGUUUCGGCUAGUAACUUACUUCCUUGACGAGGCGCACUUGGCGAGUGCCACGAGUGCAGGAAUACGAAGUCUUACCUUGAGCUGUGACGUGAUUGCAACAAUUGUCAUUUACUUCCUACCAAAGUUUGUGACCAAACAUGAUCCAUCCAAAAUGGUUCGACAGAGUAAAGUUGAUAUUGUCGCUACCAUGCUGACGCGUGUCACUGAUUUGGCCGAGCACGACGACGAUGAUUUCAAUGGCACAAGUAGUAGCGGAGCAGUCUCCUUCGCUUCACUGACCGGUUGGGAUCGCCUGAAGAAAUCAACUGGCCCACCUGACGAUUUCGAGAACGAGGGGGCACCUUCUUACGCUUUUGGGGGGCAUUUAUGCAGACAAUGCAGAGAGCGAAUACGCACAGAUGAUGAUGAGGACACUGAUUUGCCACCAGUACCAACUGGUGCCAAUGACGACUGCGAUCAGGAUCGUCAUGCUUCAGUCUUCACGGCUUGA